UCCAAGAGAAGGUGACACAUUGUAGUGCAAACGAAAGUGAAAGACUGAAGACCAGUUUUCAGGUUGGUGGCCCCUUUUCGUGACUCUCGAUAGACCAGGCAGCAAGAAGUGAGGAAAUCUGGUGGCCUGGUCAAAGCGGCGUCGGGCGACUACGCUAUUACUCAAUCGAGCUGUGAUAUUGGGUGAUUCAGAAAAGUGGUGAAGACCAUGGUUGGUCGUGUUUUACUUCCGAGGCAGCAGCGGUAUUGAAGUGUUUAUUUUGCAUCAGGUGAUAGCAGAAGAAGUAGCAGGAGAAAGAGGAAAUCAAGUUCGAGCCCAUUUCCUUACUAAUCAGGUGUAAUACGAUACUGCCGCCUAAUAGUCGUACGGAGGACCAGUUUAAGAUGAAGCUUCCUGGCGUGGCAUCAACAGCUUCGUACAACCCGGUAGCCGUAAUUGGACUGAUCGGUCUCGCUCUGGGACUGCUUGUGAAACCAAUUCAAGCGCAAAACCAACAAGAUACCAGCAAUGUCUUCAACACCAGUUCGUGUCUGGAAAAACCAUACCGAUGUCCUCAUCCGCGGAUCAAAUUCUACCUCUACACCAAGCGAACCCAACAGAAUCCGGAGCUGAUUGACGUCCUGGAUCGAGAGUCCCUCUACAACACCCACUGGAAUCCGAAACAUCCGGUGAAAAUUGUCAUCCAUGGAUUCGGAGGCGGUCGGAAUCUAUCACCUAGUCCCGACAUGCGGAAGGCAUACUUCAUCCGAGGCAAUUAUAACAUCAUCAUCGUGGAUUACAGCUCGGCAGUAACCGAGCCUUGUCUGAGUCAAAUUGAAUGGGCACCUCGCUUCGGCAGCCUAUGUGUGGCCCAACUGGUCAAAUACAUUGCCAAGCAUCCUCGUGGAGUUCCACCAGAUAGUAUGCACCUGAUUGGAUACAGUAUAGGAGCACACAUUGCCGGAUUGGUGGCAAACUUUUUGAGUCCGGAAGAGGGCAAGUUGGGUAGGAUUACGGGCUUGGAUCCGACCAUAUUCUUCUAUGCUGGUUCGAACAAUUCGAGGGAUUUGGACAUGACCGAUGCACAUUUCGUGGAUAUCAUUCAUACGGGAGCCGGCAUUCUGGGGCAGUGGAGUGCCAGUGGACACGCGGACUUCUACGUGAACGGAGGAACUAGUCAACCUGGGUGUGCGAGCAGUACCAUAUUUCAAACGCUCGCCUGUGACCACACUAAAGUCACACCAUACUUCAUCGAAUCAAUCAACAGUGAAAGAGGCUUCUGGGCUGGCCCAUGUACUACACUAGUAUCCUAUCUACUGGGAUGGUGUGAACCAAAGGACUCCGAUUACGUACUGAUGGGGGAACACCUUUCUCAUAGAUCACGAGGAGUCUACUACGUAACCACCAAUGCCAAACCACCGUACGCCAGGGGUUUCCCGGGAAAGAACCGGCGAACGGCCAAGAACUCCGACUACAGUGGAGUCCGACGGAAGUGAAAUACUGACAUCCAGUCAUCGAAAGCAAAAUGGUUGUGAUAACAAUACGAUACUUAAAAAUAACAAACAACAAGCAAAUCAAACGCCGAAUCAGUGACAUAUCGAACC